AUGGCUUCGCUCGAGAUGACCGAUAUGAAGAAGAUUGGCAUUGGGCUGACUGCGUUUGGCGUGCUCUUCUCGUUUCUCGGAGUCAUUUUCUUCUUCGAUAAAGGGCUGCUGGCCAUGGGGAAUAUCUUGUUUCUCGCGGGAGUGACACUCACAAUCGGUCUGCAAUCCACCAUCUCCUUUUUCACAAGGCGAAGAAACAGAAAGGGUUCGGCGUUUUUCCUCUCUGGGUUGGUCCUUGUUGUGAUUGGCUGGACAAUCGUUGGCAUGGCUAUCCAAGCAUAUGGCUUCGUUCUACUCUUCAGCGGCUUUCUUCCCACUCUUCUCGUUUUCGUGCAACGGAUUCCUGUGCUGGGAUGGCUGCUGGAUCAACCGUACAUGCGUCAGUCCCUCGCGCCGGAGUAUAAAAGCGCAGCGGCGAUUUUGAAGGAGUUCGGAGUGGUUCUGGCGAAAGUGGAUGCGACCAAGUAUGCGGAUGUCAGCGAGAAAUACAACGUGGAGGGAUUUCCUACGAUUGUGUUCAUUACUGACGGAGAGUCGAAGCCGUUCAAUGGCGGACGGACAAGCUCUGAAAUCGUCUCAUGGGUGAAGAAGAAGAUCGGCAUGGGGGUGGCCACCUUCACUGCAGCCGACGUCGCCAAAGCGGCUCCUCUCAUCGAGACCUCCGCUGCGGUUACCGUUGGCUUUUUCGCGUCUGCCGAUGCACCGGAGGCUGUCGCGUUCAGCGAAGCCGCCAAGGAGACUGACGGCGUGGAGUUUGUUCUCACGAGCGACGCUGACGUCGCUGCAGCGUUCGGCCUGGCCAAGGACAAGAAGCCAGCCGUUGCGAGUGUUAAGAAGGAAGAGGAGAAAUUCGUCGUCUUCGACGGCGAGUAUACGAAAGAGGCCAUUGCAGCGUUCGUGACGGCCAACAAGCUGCCGCUGCUCAUCACCUUCUCCGAGGAGACCUCGGCCAGCAUCUUUGCUGGCGACAUCAAGAAGCAGGUGAUGCUGUUCGCCCCGCACGACGAGUAUCUCAAGAUCGAGCCGGCAGUGGCGGCAGCAGCGAAGCAGUUCAAGGGCGAGCUGGUGUUUGUGUUCAUCAACGGGUCGGACUCGGAGUCACAGCCAGUGCACGAGUACUUUGGCACGGAUCCCAAGGAGACUUCGGUCAUGGGCUUCUUUAUGGGAGAUGAGGAGGACCCCGCGUCAACCGCUGGGGGGCUCAAGUACCGCAUGAAGGAGGCGAUUACUGAGGCCAGCAUUAAGGCAUUCGCCAAGAGCUUCAUUGACGGGGAUCUGAAGCCCUUCUUCAAGUCCGAGCCUGCUCCAGAGAAGAACGACGGCCCUGUGACUGUGGUGGUGGGCGAUACUUUCGAGAAGAUUGUGCUGGACGAGUCCAAGGACGUGCUGCUGGAGGUCUACGCCCCCUGGUGCGGCCACUGCAAGUCCCUCGAGCCCACCUACAAGAAGCUGGGGAAGCGAUUCGCGUCGGUGGACUCUGUUGUGAUUGCCAAGAUGGAUGGCACUGCGAAUGAGUACCCUGGCCUGGAGGUUGAGGGUUUCCCAACCAUCUUCUUCUAUCCGGCUAACAAGAAAACCGACCCAGUGAAAGUGCAGGCCACAAAGCUGAAGCAGUUCAUCAAGGUGAUUGUUGAGAACGCUGCUAUCAAGUUUGAACUGCCCGCUAAGGAGAAGGAUUCAGGGGCAGCAGAGGUCGAGGGGGCUGCAGAGGCAGCUGGGGAAGAAGUGAAGGAUGAGCUAUGA